ACAAGCCAAUGCGUGGAUUGCGCCGAGCCACGUGACAGCAGUGCUUCUCAGCCUUUCCCAGCCCUGUCAGUCCGUCCGUCCUUUCCCGUAGAUCUAAAACACAGAAUCAAGUAAACUCCAGUUAACCUGCACUACUGACUGGCGAAGUAGCUUGCCGUCCCUCUAGUAACGAGAAGCGGAGAAGGGAGAAGUAACGUCAUUCACAAAGUGCGCGCGCGCGCGUUCUCGUUGUAUUUUUCUCAUGUUAAUGUGAAGAACAAAUAUUUAUUUACCAACCGCGACCUUCACGGGAACGACUCACCAUUCGGGUCCUUUGUAACUUAUCUCCUACAGAAAGGUUACCUGCACACCUCAAAAUGAACAUUCUCUUGGAGACUCUUAGACUGAUAUUUUUGACAGUCUACUACAACCUGGAAGCAUUCCUAAAGUUCUUCAUCCCCCUGAGGAAGAAAGAUGUGUCUGGAGAGAUUGUGCUCAUCACCGGGUCAGGCAGUGGGAUUGGCAGACUGAUGGCCCUUGAGUUUGCCUCACUGGACGUCUCACUGGUGCUGUGGGACAUUAAUGUGGACGGCUUGAAAGAAACUGCAGAACAGGUUAAAGAAAAAGGGGCAUCAAGGGUACAUUAUUACCAGUGUGACUGCAGUGAUAGAGAAGCAGUGUAUCGAGUGGCAGAUCAGGUAAAAAGUGAAAUUGGUGAUGUCACCAUAUUAAUAAACAAUGCUGGCAUUGUUAGUGGUAAGAAGUUCAUGGACACCCCUGAUGCCCUCAUUGAGAAGACACUGAGAGUGAAUGCAAUGUCCCAUUUUUGGACAUACAAAGCAUUUCUUCCCGCCAUGAUGGACAAAAACCAUGGACAUCUGGUCAGUGUUGCAAGCUCUGCUGGCUUGAUAGGUGUCAAUGGAUUGGCAGAUUAUUGCGCAAGCAAGUUUGCUGCUGUGGGUUUUGCCGAGUCAGUGGCCCUUGAGCUGUUAUCAGCAGGGAAGGAUGGAAUCAAGACCACGAUUGUCUGCCCAUUCUUGAUCAACACAGGACUGUUUGAUGGAUGUGGGACAAAGUGGCCUCUACUGAUGCCGAUGUUGGAGCCUGACUAUGUUGCUAAGAGGAUUGUCAGUGCCAUUCUGACCGACCAAGUUUUCGUUUUACUGCCAAGGUCCUUAUACUUCUUAAUGGCUUUAAAAGGUGUCAUCCCAUACAAACAAUCAGUCAUCCUGGGUAUGUACUUCGGGGCCUUCAACUUCAUGGACGCUUUCAAAGGAAGGGAAAAGAAGAGAGACUAAUUCUAAUUUUGAUACUUAAAUGUCUUAACACACAUGAAUUUUUUUUGUAACUACCUCUGCCACACAUUCCAGAGCCUCUUAAAAAUAAAUCAUAUUAAAAACUG